CUGAUAUAGAUGAGCUGGACAAUGAAUUUGAUACCAUAAUCUGAUUUUAUGCUAAUGUCUGCUCAAUAGAUCUCCCGUUAAACAGAAAAUGAAAUUAAAGGAACAAAUAUAUUCAUAAUGUGAGACUUUUAAAUGUGGUGUACAAUUAGGCACAGUUUUACAAGCAUAAUGAAUUGGUGGUAAUAAAAAAUAACCUUUUUUGUUAAUCCUUGAAAAUAUAUUUAAUGUUCAAGCUCAACCUUUUUAAUGGACUGCUGAAAAAGAUUUGAAUUUGAGGGACCUGAGAAUUUUAGCAUAUCCUAAACUUUGGUGGAUUGCGAAUACCAAACAUAACAUUAAAUAAGGAAACAUGUCCUCACUAUGCUCACCACUUCAUCAGUUUUAUUUUGUGUAAUUUCAGAACCACUAGGAUACAUCAAUAUUUUUGUGAGCUUGCUGUUCUCCAUAAUAUUGGAAUGGCCUAAAUUGGGUAGAAUAACUAGAGUUUUUUCUCUACUGUUCCAGUAGUGUUGUCAUCCUUACAGUUUGAAUCCAAACUCAGUGCACUUCUGAUGUUCAGCAAAAUGUGUCCAACUGAUAUCUGAGCCUGCUCCUUCCCAUUAGCUCUGAGAUGAUGCCCUUUCCUAUCAGCUUCACUUGCUUCCGAGUUUGUAAUGUAUAUAGAAGGCAAUAAACCACCUUUUAUCCACAAAGAUGCAGGUGCAUCUACCUGGCUUGCUUGCUGUGGAAACUACUCCCCUCUGCUCUACUUUAAUGUCUUGACCUCCAGAGAUUUGUGCAUUAACUCUUGAGAAGCACAUGGGUUUUACUUUUCUUUUUACUCUUUUUAUGUUAAUGGCCAGGGAGAAUGGGAAGAAUGCGAGUGAGUGAAUGCCCUCUUUGAUCCGUGUUGCUCCUGAGCAUAAUCUGCUAACCUGGCAGGCGCCAGGCACAAGAGGAAUUGCUGCCCCUAAGUAGGAAGAAACUUCAGCCACUUUGCAAGCAGUUGCUUGCAGUUUACUCAUUGGUUUUGGGGCAGCGAGUGGCUGAGAGAGCCUCGUCCCCCUGCAGAAUAGGGCAGCUGGACACGGCGUGGGACCAAUCACCUGCUGUUCACGUAAAAGGAAUUGUUCUUUUAAGCCCGGAUAACCUGAAAUUGUAAGGUUGUUCUACCCAUAUCUGAAAAAUACACAAUGAAGUGUUUACCCUAAAAACUGUACAACUGUGGCAUCUGGUUCUCUACAGAGGGACUGCGGCAGGAGCCGCCUCCAGAAGCCAUCUCCAGAAGGCAUCUCCUGAGGACACCAGGACGUGUUUUUUGCUCUGAAAUCUGCAUUGACCAUGUCUCCUCCAGUCCCUUCAGACCUGGGCUACGUGCCUCCUGAUGGCGGAUGGGGCUGGGCAGUGGUGUUCGGAGCCUCCAUCUCAGUGGGGUUUGCAUAUACCUUUCCUAAAGCUUUCACAAUCUACUUCAAAGAGCUUCAGGCUGUUUACAGCAUCUCCUACAGCCAGAUUGCCUGGAUAACGUCCAUCAUGUGUGCUACCACCUACGGAGGAGGUCCCAUUAGCAGUAUUUUAGUAAACCGCUAUGGCAGCCGACCUGUGGUUAUAUUUGGAGGCCUGCUCUGUGGUGUUGGGAUGGUCUCAGCUGCCUUCUGCACCAGCAUCCUGCAGCUCUACAUCUGUGUGGGAUUCAUUACAGGACUUGGCCUUGCCCUCAACCUUCAGCCAUCAGUGAUAAUGAUAGGGAAAUACUUUCUGAAGAGAAGACCCAUUGCAAACGGCCUUGCUAUGGCAGGCAGCCCUGUGAUGCUUUGCACCCUGGCUCCUCUCAACCAGUUCCUUUUUGACAAUUUUGGUUGGAGGGGCAGCUUUUUAAUUCUUGGGGCAAUUUUAUUAAACUGCUGUGUGGCAGGAGCUCUCUUCCGACCCAUCGGGGCAGCCACAGCGUCAGUCAAAAUCCAGACAACUGAGGAAGGGAAAGGCACUCUGAAAGAACAGGACACUAAGGAUGCCAUGGAAAUGAGUGGCCCCACGAAUGUCGCCACGGAGACCAAAACAGAAGAGGAAGAAGGAAAGGACUGUUGUGAAAAAAUCAAUCAGUACCUUGAUUUCUCCCUCUUUAAGCACAGAGGGUUCUUGAUUUACCUGAUCGGAAAUGUACUCAUGUUCCUGGGUUUCUUUGCCCCCAUUGUUUUUCUGGCACCUUAUGCAAAGCACAUCGGCAUUGACGAAUAUUCAGCUGCUUUCCUCCUUUCGAUUCUUGCUAUCGUGGAUAUGAUUGCCCGACCUACCACUGGCAUCAUUGCAAACAGCAAGUGGGUGAGGCCACGAAUCCAAUACUUUUUCAGCUUCGCUAUUACUUUCAACGGCACCUGCCACCUUCUGUGCCCGCUGGCUUCUGGCUACAAGGGGCUCGUUGUUUACUCCAUCUUUUUUGGCUUGGCCUUUGGCAUGGUUUGUGCCAUGCUUUUCGAAACCCUCAUGGACCUUGUGGGAGCUGCCCGCUUCACAAGCGCUGUUGGCCUGGUCACCAUUGCGGAGUGCUGCACGAUAUUGCUGGGACCGCCUAUUGGAGGAACUCUCAUUGAUACCUUUGGGGACUAUAAAUAUAUGUUCAUUAAAUGUGGAGUUGUGAUGGUCCUGGCAGGAACCUUCCUGUUCAUCAUGAAUUAUUAUAAUUAUCGUAUGCUUGCCAAGGAGGAGAAGGAAAGAAAGGCAAAAGAAGAGGACCCUAAAUCUGUAAGGACAGAAAAUGAAGGCAGAAAUAACUGGAACAAAGAAACCACACAGGAUGGGCCUGAGCUGGAACCUUUAAGAGAGGAACAAGAAAGACUAAAAAAGGAAGUAAAUGGCACAAAUGAGGUUUAAACCUGUUCUCAUAGGCUGAAUGGGAAAUUACUUCUGGGUUACUUUCCCCAGCUGUGAAAUCUCACUAUGUUUUUAAAUUUUGCCCUAUGCUGUGUCAUGUGCAUCCUCUUUGAUGUAGGACAAGACUAGAAGAGAACAAGUCUAGUUUCUUAUAAAGUGCUGUGACACACAGUGCAGUAUCCAUUUGUCUACCAAAGGUCCCGCAACGUUUUUCUUCAGAUAUUUCACAUUUCCCAGAGGGGCUGAGUAAGGGUGUAACUGAUACCCCACUUUUAUUCCCUGUACUACAGCUGUACUCAGGCCUGUGGCCAUCAGAGUCAAUGCAGGGCCCUUCCAGCAGCCUGAAAGGGCUUUGCAUUGAGUACUGUGGUGGCUGGAUCUUCUCAUCAUGCGGUCAAAAUUCUUUGACUAUUUUUGACUGCAGUGUCAGAAUUGUCCCAGGGAUUUGGUGCUGCCUUCAACUGGCAGCUGCACUGUGACUUGCAUCUCUGGGUCAUGGAAAAGUAAAACAGACCUUAUACUCAUCUUGAAUCCACCAUGAGAGAGUUGCUUGAAGAGAAGAAGGGCAGUACAGAUCUGCUUGGGAAGUGGCAGCAAGGCAGCCAGUCCUUCUGGGUGGUACAUGCUAGGAAGGAACUAGAAACUAGGUGGUUCAUCAUGGCUUGACCAGGGACUUUCUCAGGGACCUCUGCAUUUACAAAAUGCCUUGAGAAAGGUGAUGUUAUGCAGAGGGCCAGCACAAGGCCAACAUGUUACAGGAAUCCUUCUUCCAGGUCCUUUGUCUGUGCAGGGCAGAAAUUUAGUUUUAAUAGGUUUAAACUUUGAUCUACAUUCAAACAGCAAAAUUCUUUAAAAUUUUCCCUAGGAGGUUACAAAGUCCUUAUUAUCCAAUAUCUGAGUGCCUCACUGGUUUUAGCAUGCUUUUUAUUUUACAACACUCUAGUGAGGCAGUAAGUGUUGUUACUAUUAAUUAAUUUUGCAAAUGAAGAACUGAAGCACAGAGGAGCUAUGGGCAUUAUUACAUCAGUAAUAAAGCUUAGGCAUGCCAGACCUGAAAUGGGAUCCACUGCCCUGAAUUGGGUGCCUCAGCCAUCUACUUGAAGCAAAACACUGGCAGCUGAGGUAGGGGGCUGAAAUCCCACCUGCUGAGCACAGGUGUCCUGCUAGAAAAUACGAAAUGCCAUGGAUAGUCAUGCAUUAAACCACAGCCCUCUCUGCCCUUGCACAUCAUACUACUCAGGAUUAAUUAUUUUAAACACUGUUUUAGAGCCGUGACCUCAUGUUGUGUUUUUUUAACCUGAUUGAGUUGCAUCCAUCCUGGAGGAAAUCCAACACGGCUGCCCCCCACCUUGUCUGGGCCAGGUUAGGCACCUCCCUGGUGGUAGCACUGCAAUACCUGGUGGUGUCAUGCCAUCCAGUUUCAGGAAAUAAAGUUUCCCCAGGUCACUGAUGCACAGCUGAAACUGAGGCCAUGCAGGAGCCUCUCAUCCAGUGGUAAUAAUUGUGAGCUGGGAAGAUCUGGACUCUGACAGCAAGCACUGAUAUAUUUUAUAAUCAGCAGCUGUUGCUGAAGAGCCCUGGAUGCUGAACAUGGCAUCAUGUAAAUGAAUCAUUGGCCUUUUGUGGAUUUAGCUCCAAGUGGCUGGAUUAAAAACAAGGACUUCUGAGGCAAAUCACCCAAAUCUGAAGCUAACACCAGGCUGUAGACUAGGUCUUCUCUUUCUUUGAUUCAAUGGCACCCUUAUGUGAUCACAUGAAGUUUUUUUACAUGACUUCGUCACUGAAGAACUGUAUUUAGUCAUCACUUGUAUAAACACUGUGAAGAAUGGCUUGUAAAAAUGCUUUCAUAAAUGCUAUAUGCUUAAAUUUAGAUCACUCAUAUCUUCUUGCACAAAACCUUUUCUGUGAAACCUUUUGUUCCACUAAAGAAUAAUGGUCUUUGGCCAUUGACUUCAGUGGGAAUUAAAUUUUAUCCUUAUGUAGUAUCUUGCAUUUUCCCUGAAAAAUAAAAUCUGUACAAUAUA